CUUGUUACAACUUACAAACACAUACUUCCAUAUGCGUUCACCAAGACGCUUUUUUGAGGGUUUUUUUUUUGUCAAACUUGCAGUUUCAUGAAUCUGUAACCUCACUGUUUUAGAUCAUCCAUUUCCUUCAUGGCUCUUCUUCCAUCUGCAUCUUCCUCUUCUUCUUCCAAGAGAUGGAAAUACGAUGUAUUUCUCAGUUUCAGAGGCGAAGACACUCGCAAAAAAUUUACAGACCAUCUAUAUGCUGGUUUGAAACAAAAAGGCAUAUUCACUUUUAGGGAUGAUGAAAAACUCAAGCAGGGAACAUCUAUUGCCUCGGAGCUCUUGAAAGCAAUAGAAGAAUCGAGAUUUGCUAUCGUUAUUCUAUCAAGAGACUACGCUUCUUCAAAGUGGUGCUUGAUUGAACUAACAAAGAUCGUUGAAUGCAUGGAAAAGACAGGAUUGGUAGUUCUACCUGUUUUUCAUUAUGUAGAUCCUAGUGAUGUGCGAAAUCAUAGGGGGACUUUUGGAGAAGCCUUUGCCAAACAUGAAGAGAAUUUCAAGGAUAACAUAGAAAAUGUACAAACAUGGAAGGCUGCUCUGACUAAAGUUGCUAAUCUUGCUGGAUGGGAUUUAAAGGAUAAGCAUGAAACAAUAGUUAUUCAAAAAAUCAUUAAAAGGAUAUUUAGUGAGUUGUAUCACAAGCUCCCAGGUGUUUCUGAGGACCUUGUUGGAAUGGACUCUUGUGUGGGGGAAAUGUUAGAUUCAUACUUAGGUGAAGGAUUGGGUGGAGUACGCUUUGUUGGGAUAUGUGGGAUGGGUGGAAUGGGCAAAACAACUCUUGCAUUGGAAAUUUAUAGAAGAAUUUUUGAUAACUUUGAAGCUAGUAGUUUUAUUGCUAAUGUUAGAGAUGCAACUAAAAAUCAAGGUCUAGUUUCUUUACAAAAACAACUUCUUUCUAAAAUCCUCAUGGAAAGUGAAAUAAAUAUAUGGGAUGUUUAUGAGGGAAUCAAUGUUAUAAGGAAUACAUUAUGUAAUAAAAAUGUUUUUAUUGUUCUUGAUGAUGUGGAUGGAGAUGAACAACUAAAAGCAUUAGCGGGGAGACAUGAUUGGUUUGGUCCAGGGAGUAGAAUUAUUUUAACAAGUAGAGAUGGUCAUUUCUUGCAAAGAAAUGAAGUGGAUGAUGUAUAUAAAAUUAAAGGGUUGAAUGAUGAUGAAGCUUUGAAGCUUUUUAGUUGGAGCGCUUUUAAGAAACCCCAUCCUAAAGAAAAUUACAUGGAUUUGUCUAAGUACUUUGUGAACUAUGCUAAAGGCCUUCCUUUAGCUCUUAAAGUUGUAGGUUCUUCGUUGUAUGCUAAAGGAAGGAAGGAAUGGAAAAGUGCCCUAGAUAAACUAAAAGAAGAACCUAAUAGAACCAUUUUGGAUAUACUUCAGAUAAGUUUUGAUGGGCUUACAAAUUCUGAAAAAGGACUAUUUCUAGAUAUUGCAUGUUUUUUCAAUGGAGAAAAAAAGGAUUGCAUAAGUGAUAUACUGGAAAGUUUUGGUUAUUAUCCAGACUACAAUAUUGGUGUUCUUAAGGACAAAUCUCUCAUAACCAUUGAUGACCAUGGAAUUUUGUGGAUGCAUGAUUUGCUGCAAGAUAUGGGUCAAGAAAUCGUUCGUCGCGAAUCCCCUAAAGAGCCUGGUGGACGUAGUAGAUUGUGGAUUUAUAAGGAUGUCAUUCAUGUAUUGAAGAAUAAUACUGGAACAGAGGUAGUUGAAGGGAUAAUGCUAAACCUACCUAUUCAAAAAGUGGAACACUUGAGUCCCGAAGCCUUCUCAAAGAUGAAAAAUUUGAGAUUGCUUAAAAUUGGUAAUGAGAAACUUCCAGAAGACUUCAUAAAUGGUAUUGUGAAACUUCCAAAAGACCUCAAUAGGGGUAAGGUGCAAUUUCCAGAAGGCCUCAGCUAUCUUUCUAAUGAGUUACGUGUUAUUGAAUGGCAUGGAUAUCAUUUAAAAUGCCUACCAACCAAUUUCCAACCAAACAAACUUGUUGAAUUGAGAAUGCAUUGUAGCGGCAUCAAACAACUAUGGAAAGGAAAUAUGAUUUUUGAUGAGUUAAAGCUUAUAGAUCUCAGUGACUCUCAAAACUUGAUCAAGACCUUGGACUUCAGUAGAGUCCCAAAUUUGAAGCAGUUGAUUCUUCAACGUUGUAUAAGACUAUCUAAGAUUCAUGCAUCUCUUGGAAAUCUCAAAUGGCUUACUCGAUUGGAUCUAAAUGGUUGCAAGUGCCUUGAGAGCCUUCCACCCAAGAUCAACUUGGAAUCUCUUGAAAUUUUUAUUCUUUCUGGUUGUUCAAGACUAAAGAAGUUUCCAGAGGUUGUGGGAAAUAUGUCAAAUUUGUCAGAACUUUAUUUGAACAAGACUGCCAUAAAAGAACUACCAUUGUCAGUGGAGCAUUUAACUGGCCUUAUUAAACUAGAUCUAAGAGACUGCAAAAACCUUUCAAGUCUUCAAAAUGUUUGUUGUUGUUUGAUGUCUCUAAAAAUUCUCACUUUGUCUGGUUGCUCAAAAAUUAAUGAACUGCCAGAGAAUUUGGGGAAUAUCAAAGGUCUUGAGAAGUUAGAUGUGAGUAAAACUGCUAUAACAGAAUUACCUUCUUCGUUAGUUCUCUUAAAAAAUCUUAGAGCACUGUCUCUUCAUGAAUGUGAAGGCUUAUCAUCUAUAUCAUCAAAUAAGCUCAUCGGUUUUCCAUCAAUGCGAAAAAGAAGAGAAGACCCCACAGGCAUGUUAGGGCGUUCUCUUUCUAAUUUAUGGUCUUUGACCGAAUUGAAUCUAAGUUAUUGCCAUCUUCAAGCAAUCCCUGAUGGUCUUGGUUGUUUGUCCUCUUUAGAAUAUUUAGAUCUUAGUGGAAAUAAUUUUGUAUGCCUUCCUGAGAGUACCACUCGACUAUCUAAUAUGAGUUUUCUUCUUCUGAGUGGUUGCACACAUCUUCGAUCUUUGCCAGAGCUUCCAUUAAAUAUUAGGCUUGUUAAUGCAGAUGGUUGUACCUCACUGGAAAUAUUACCAUUAAGACCUGAAAAUGGUCCUUAUCAAGUCCUCCGUCUUCUCAAUUGUGUUAAAUUGAUUAACAAUGAAGACUACAAUGACGUGUUAUUAACAGCACUAAGACAUCACAUUCAAUUUACGGGAGAUGAACCCAUUUAUGAAUUUAUAAUUCCUGGAAGAGAAAUUCCGAAAUGGUUUAGGCAUCAAAGUGUGGGGACUUCAGUGAAUUUGCAAGUGCCUUCUUCAGAUUUAUUAUGUAAUAAAUUGAAAGGAGUCGCUGUGUGUGCUGUUUUUUUACUCCACCAACUUCAUUCAGGUUAUAGAUUUACGCAUGAGCUUGGGUGGUACUUGAAAGCCAACGGGUAUGAAAACAAAUCGAUAUCCGGUGGCUUUCGUUUUUUGGAACAAUUUGGUAAGAUUGAUUUGUAUCAUCUUUACUUGGGUUACUAUCCCUAUAAAUCAUUCAAUCAGAAAUUGAAAGAAAAUUGGAGUCAAGUAGAUGCUAAUGGAUUGGGUCAAAUUGAGAUUGGAUUUAAAACCGACGGUCCAAGAUUAGAGGUUACAAAAUGUGGGGCCCGUUUGAUAUUCGAACAAGAAAUUGAAGAUCUGAACCAAACUAUGCGUGGGUGCAGCAGCAGCAGCAGGUGUAGCAUCACUCCUUAUGAGGAUGAUUUGGAAGAUUCAGCAAAAGAUACCAAAACUGAGUGAAAGCCAUGAUGAGUAUGAUAGGGAUGACAAUGGAACCAGUGGAGAAGGUAUCUCUAAUCUAAUUGAAAAAUUCAUUCCACGUUUGGGAAAUUGGAUUGUGAAUUUAAGCACACAAGGACAAUGUAACUUUGAUUGAGAGGAAGAGAAAUCCCAGUGAAAGUGGUGGCUUUGAUGAAUUUGUACAGCUGAUAAUCUUUUUCCUUUGAAUUUUUUUGGGAAAAAGAAAUCACAUGGCUGGCCUGAGAAAAGGUGAAUGGAUGUGGGUGUCCUAUAUAUCAUAUAUAUGGUGUGCAUCACUUUCAGAUUGGUUGAAUCAAUGCAGCUUUCAGUUGCCAGCAUUUGCCCAAGCUUUGCAGUAAAGAAGUGUGGGCUUUGUCUCAUAAGUCAUAACAGCAUGAUGAUAUGCAGAGUUCUAGCAAAUAGUAAGGCGUUGCAUGGCUUCUUUAUCUUACAAAUGGGGUCUCAUUUAUUAUUUUAUAAUUCAUAUUAGGGAAAGAAAUAAGCAAAACUGUAAUGGUGUAAUAAGACCAAGUAGAACUAGAAGUUGUAAUCGAGAAUUAUAACCUGAAAGACUGAAGAUAUCUGUUAAUCCCAUGCUUAGGGAAAAAGGGAAAACAAGAAUAAUUUUUCCUCUACUUUCACUGUUUCCUUUGUGACUUUUGAGCUAUUCUUAAGUUAAUGAAGGUAAUUCUAUUUGUGAUGAAGAGGAAUCCCAGUGAACUUGGUAGCUUUGAUGAAGUUACUGGACUUUGUUGGGGAGGAAAAACUCUCAAACUACUAGCAGACAAGAAGAGUGGAACAAAUUGUGUGCUAAUCAUUUUUGUUCAAUUAUGUUGAUUGCUGUUGACACUGCCUCUCCUUCAGAUCAUGCUCAUGUCCAUACUGCAUAAGCAAGAGGAGUGAAAAACCAUACGUGAGGCAGGGAAUACUCUACCUCUAGUCACUACUAUUACUAACAUUGGAAAAAGGUGAACCAUGAAUCAUUUGUUCAUGGAUGCUAAUGGAUUCGGUCAAAUUGAGAUUGGAUUUGAAACCGAAGGUCCAGGAUUAGAGGUUACAAAAUGCGGGGCCCAUUGGGUAUACGAGCAAGACAUUGAAGAUCUGAACCAAACUAUGCGUGGGUGCAGCAGCAGCAGCUGUAGCAUCACUCCUUAUGAAAAUGAUUUGGAAGAUUCAGCAAAAGAUACCAAAACUGAGUGAAAGCCAUGAUGAGUGUGAUAGGGAUGAGAAUGGAACUAAUGGAGAAGGUACCUCUAAUCUAAUUGAAAGAUUCAUUCCACAUUUGGGAAAUUGGAUUGGGAAUUUAAGCACACAAGGACAAUGUAACAUUGAUUGAGAGGAAGAGAAAUCCCAGUGAAAGUGGUGGCUUUGAUGAAUCUGUACAGCUGAAUUUUUUUUUCCCCAUACGGGAUACGAUGAAGUUGUUGGACUUUGUAGUUUAUUGGUGAGGAGAAACUGUGGCAUUAUCUGGAUCAAAGAAGAUAUGUGCAACAGAUAGCACACUCAUGAUUAUUAAUUUUGUGGGGUAAAGUAGAUACUCUUGUUGCUCUCUUGGUAUUCAAAAGGAAAGAAGAAAAUUAGGGCUGUUUUUCACCAGAGAGGUUGCCUUCUCUCAGGCCAACCAUGUGUGUGUUAUUUUUUUGCUCACUUCAUCAAUCAUUUCAAAGGUAGAUUCAAGACAUUUUUCCUUUUGCUUCUUCUAAUUAGUUUUUACAGAAAUAGGUAGAUUCAGGCAAUGAAAUUAUUUGCAAAGUUUUCUUGUUGAAUACAAUAGACCUUGAUUCAUUAUGCUGUUAUAUUUGAAUACAUAUGUGAAGUAAAGACGCAAUUAAAUCAAUAGUUAAACUAAUGCAACUUUUUGGUUUGAUGAAUAAGAAUAAUGUAUUAAGAAACAGGGGGAAGGGAAAGGAACCCAUCUUUUUUGUUUGAUUUAUUUUUAAGUUUGUUGUAUUAAGAAAAAUAGAGCCUAAGGUAUUUCUUGAUGACAGUUUGGAAUUAGAAACUUUUUCAUUGUCUCAUUUGUCUGUCACUUGGAAAUCAAUAUCAUGUUGUUCCAUAUAGGUGAAUGGAUGUGGAUGUUACAUUGAAGCUGAAAGGUGCAUGUUGUUGCCUGAGCUUGGCAGUGUAGAAGUGUGGGCUUCUUUUCAUAACAGCGUGAUAAUACUCAGAGUUCAAGCAAACAGGAGGACUGAAGUUGUAGUAGUUAUUGGUGUUGCUGGCAAGGACUGGACGCACAGAAAGCAUUGUCAUUGAUUAUGAACAAUAUACUUCUUCCCAUGUAAUCAAAUCUGUUGGGAUGGACCACGAUAAAUUUAGAGUGAUGUAGUUUGUGUUUUUCUUCUGUUUGUUGUCAAAUGCAUGCUAAUUAUGUAAUCACUUAAAAAGAUUUUUAUAAUACUAUAAUCUAUCUUGGGAUAGAUAUUUCCUACCCUUUACCA